AUGACUCACAAGCAUCCAAAGCCCCAUGUGGCCACUCUGCAGCUCCGUGGCUCCUCUCCUUACGAAAUCGGACUUCAACAUGGCCAGUUGGCAAAAGAGCAAAUUCACAAUAAUAUCAAAACCUACACGACGUUUUUCCAAGAGACGGCUGGCAUGAAAAGCUGGGAAAAAGCAAAGGGACGAUCAAAGGUUUUUGUCCCGACUCUUGAACGGUUAUAUCCUGAGAUAUUGGAAGAAAUCCAAGGUAUCGCAGACGGAGCUCAGCUCGAUGAAGAAGACAUUCUGGCAUUGAACGUUCGAAGCGAAAUUGGAUUGACAAACUAUUCCAACACCCCAAAAGAGACAUUUCCUACAAUUCGUUCGCCAGACGGCUCGACAGUAAUUCUGGCGCAAAACUGGGAUUGGCUAGAACUACAUGAUGGAAUCGUGAUAAUGGACAUAAUCACGCCCGAUGGGAAGACAAGGCUACAAUUCCUUAAUGAAGCUGAGCUCGUUGGCAAAAUCGGGGUUAAUUCACACGGAGUCGGAAUUUGCAUGAAUGCACUUCGAUGUGGUGCACUCUCCUUAGAUCGGUUACCCACUCAUAUCAUGUGCCGACGUGUCUUGCACUGUGGCAUUGCUCGAGCAGUACGGUGGUGCCUGUACAUUCAAUCUCGUCAUCGCAGAUGCGGGGGGAAGUUUGCUACUGUUGAGAUCUCACCAAAUGGACUUUCCGUGAUUCAUCCUUUGAAUGAAGGCAAUUCUUCGAAGGAUAUAGGAAAAGGCCGGGGUUUUGUGGCCCAUACCAACCAUGUUAUGACACCACAUACAGCAUUCUCUCGAGGGCCCAUAUACGACAGACCUGCACCGAACUCAUUCUCUCGUCUUGAAAGAAUUACAGAAUUGACAGAGAAAGAUCUUCACAACAUGAAAAAUUUUACCUUUGAAUCGGUUAUUGAGCAGUUAAAGGACCAGAAGGGCACACCUGUCAGCAUUUGUCGUGACAGACCUGCCAAUGCAACCGGGAUGGAGAGAAUGACAACUCUUGCUACAGUGUCGACGGAGUUUGAUAUUGUCAACAAGAAGGUUACCAAAACCCAGAUUACCAUUGGUAGACAGUGCGAGGAUGGAUUACAGUUGGUGGAACUGGCGUUUUAG